AUGUUCAAGCUGCGCCAUGGAACAUGUCCAAGAUUACUGCGGCAUUGGGCGGAGGGUGUUAGGGAUGCCGGGAAGGCUCCCAGGUCAAGCGUCCAGGAUGGUGGCAGGCAUGGGGGAACGAGCAAUUUGUCAGGGACUUUGCUCAUUGAUAUUUCUGAGCAGACAGCAACAACGCAGGGUGGCAUGAGCGAGGGGGCGGGGCAGCAGGACCAGAGCGAGCCGCAGAGGGGGGAAGCGUUCAGGAUAGAAACGGUGCUGCACAGCGGGGACCAGCUCAGGCGAGGAGAUGCGGGUGCGGCCGACAGUUCAGCUGUAGAUGGGGAAGUUGGUUCAAGGGAACAAGAGGGCGGGCCGCUUCCGGCAGCAAGCGAGCAUCACCAAGAGCAGCGCGGGAGCGUGGUGACUCUGGAGUCGGUAUCAGCGUGCGCCGGAGACGGGCCAGAGUCAUAUGGGGAGACAUCGGAGGGAACAGCUUCUUCCAAGCUCGAAAGGACAGAUUCGGCUGUGCAUAAAUCGAGCGAAUGUUCAGAACCAGGGGGCCUUGAUCAAAGACAGGCAGAAACGUCGCAAGGGCAGGAAAUGAGCGGCCCCUCCGAAAGCAGUGGGGAGCCUCCAGCGGGGGGUCCCGAGGAGUCGAAGGAGCGCUCGCGGGAUAGCAAGCACGUGACGGCAGCGUGGGAGACGCUAGUGCGGUGGGGCCGCUUUUGGCGCAACCUGCACAAGGGGGACGUGACGGACGCGCUGACGCGCACGUCCAAGAUCUGCGUGUUUGGGGGGGGGUCGUUCGGGACGGCGAUGGCGGUGAUGCUGGCGCGCAACAAGGCCAGCCUGGACGUGGUCAUGCUCGUGCGGGACCCGCAGCUGGUGGCGUCCAUCAAUAGCAACCACCUCAAUACGCGCUACAUGCCCAACCACCCCCUCCCGCCCAACGUGCGCGCCACCACGGACCCCGCGGAAGCCAUCGAGGGGGCCCAGUACGCCAUUCACGCCGUGCCCGUGCAACAGAGCGCCGCGUUCCUGAAAAGCAUCGCGUUGCUCAUCCCGGCUAGCCUGCCCAUCGUGUCUGUCAGCAAGGGGCUCGAAGUGUCGACGCUGGAGACAAUGGCGGAGCUCAUCCCGCGCGCGCUGGGGCGGAAAGGGCACCCCGUGGCGGUGCUGUCGGGGCCGUCGUUCAGCGUGGAGCUGAUGGACAAGAAGCCGACGGGGCUGGUGGCCGCGUCGCGGGACCCGGAGCUGGCGCGCGCGUGCCAGCAGCUGCUGGCCUCCAAGUACCUGCGCAUCAAUACCACCAGGGACGUGCUGGGCGUGGAGAUGGCGGGCGCGCUCAAGAACGUUCUGGCCAUUGCGGCGGGCAUCGUGGAGGGCAUGGGCCUCGGUAACAACUGCAUGGCCGCGCUCGUUGCGCAGGGCUGCGCAGAGAUUCGCUGGCUCGCAGAAAAAAUGGGCGCUAAGCCCGCCACCUUGGCCGGGUUGUCUGGUACGGGUGACAUCAUGCUGACGUGCUUCGUUAGCUUGUCGCGGAACCGCUCCGUGGGGGUGCGCCUCGGUUCCGGGGAGAAGCUGGACGACAUCCUGGCGUCCAUGAGCCAGGUCGCAGAGGGUGUCGCCACAGCGGGGGCGGUCAUUGCGCUGGCGCGCAAGUACCGGGUGUCCAUGCCCGUGCUGACCGCCGUCGCACGGAUACUCGAGAACGAGCUGACGCCGAAGAAGGCGGUCCUAGAGUUGAUGAGCCUGCCGCAGGUAGAAGAAGUCUGAAGGCACAGCCUAGGCGGGGGGUCCUUUGUCCAUGCCAUUGGCCACUUCUGACUUUCAAGUGAGAGCACGAGCCUUGCUUAGGGAGCGUGCAUGGGCAAAGUUCGAUUUUUAGGAAUAUUGACGUAGGCCUAGGCACAUUGUCGUACGCAACCGACACUGCCCAAGCGUCGCCUUGAUUCCAAAUUGCAGUUACCAUCGGAAGAAACGCCGUACUAGAAGGGCUAAUCACCACCAUCGGAGUGUCAUAAGUAUUCUUUCGUUGACUAGCGUGCGUUAGCUGUGAAAGCUUGAGGGCAAGGAGGAUUGCGGACAAUGAGUUACAUUAUAUUAUUCAACAUCGAUUGAGGACCUUCGCUUCAAUACGGUCACAUCACUGCAUGCCGGCCGGGGCAGAUUGCUUCGAUCGUCUGAUGAGCUACCUGAUUGAGCAGAUAAGAGGCGAUCAUGUAGGUUAUAUCCGGGCCCAGAUUCUGGCGGCACGUUGCUAGGGGCGAAAUGGCUGGGACUUAAUUCGGCAUCGAACACAGCUCGUCGAACGUUAUAAGGUCUGUG